AAAUUCAAAUUGAAAAAUUCUGCGAUUUCUGCCCCUAAAGCACGCUAGUGACGUGCCACUGACUGAGAGUGGGUGGGGUGCAUCAACCAAUCUAUUUUUGCACAAGAGUAACAAUUUCAGGCGAAGGAACAUGCAAGCGGGUCAUUCAACCAAUUAAUCAUUGUGAAACUAAGGUAUUUCGAAGGACAGCUAGUUCUUGGGGAGCCUGAUCGCUUUGGCGAUGGACGAGGAGAGGCAGGGCAGUCAAGGAGCUAGUCGAAUGGAUCCGUCUUCAAGCACUUCUUCACAAUAUGUGGAGACAGUUGAUGGUGAUCCCUUGGAGUCGCCAGCAGCUCGCAGCCUAUGCAGACGAUUGUUCCUUGGAGGCUUUGCGCUGCUUCCUUGGCUGUGGUUUGCCAACGCAUGGCUGUUCUGGCCCCAUCUUCAGCGGCAAGGGGACCCGGUUGUCAGAAAAUACACACAGGGAUCAGCUGUCGGAUUUCUCAUUGCUUCAGCGAUCCUGUUGCCUUGGACGCUGACUUUCAGCAUAGGUGGACCGAGUGUUGUAGGGCAGGAUGUGUUCCAAAGGUGGAACGUAGCAGGGCUGGAUCUGCAAUCAUGGGGGAUAGGCUUUUGAGUUUGAACUGCGCUCAUGAAACAGGCAUUGGCAGCUUGCCUGCUCGAUAUUAAACUGACGGGUUUUCAAAGCCUGACAUGUCGAUUCAGCACUUGUUUAAGAAUUGUGUCUG